AUGGGGUGGAAAAUAGUUGACAUGGCACAUACCUACAAUGAAGUGAAAAAUUUUAUGAACCAAACUAAGUCUAUAGGACAGGUAGAAUAUCCAACUAUACCUAUACAACAGGUUGAGUUGAAUAGGGUGGGGAGAGCUUUUAAUAGUUCUAAAGGUCUGAAUGUUGUGGGAAUGCAAGUUCGUGGGGCUGAUGUGCUGGCUGAUGUUCUUGGGAAGUUUUCUUUCAAUAUGGAGGGGCCUUUCUUUUUCGAGUCUUCUCUAGGGAAAGUUGGGCUGAUUCAUGGUCAUGAACCCCCAAACAUUGGUCAAAGGGUGCUUAAUGAAGCUUUCUUUUCUGGUGUUAGUUUAACCUCUGACAAUUUGAAUCACCAUGGUGACUUUGUUGAUCAAGGUGAUGCUGAGUUUGAUGUGGGUACGACUAUGGUCGUUAAACAAGCUGCCUCUACUAGUGGUGAGGCUGAGCAAAAUUUUGUUGAUUGGAUUGAUCAUAAUCAGCUCAUUGAUUUAGGCUUUUCUGGAGCUAAGUUUACGUGGUGUAAUAAAAGGAAUGCAGAGGGUAUCACUUGGAAAAGGCUGGAUAGGGGUUUGAGCAAUAUUGCGUGGAGAUUGUUGUUUCCUGAGGCAAAUCUUUCGCACUUGCCUAGGGUGAAUUCAGAUCACUGUCCUAUCAUGGUUAGAUUUUCUUCUGCUCAUCUUCCUGAUAAAGAUUGUGUGCCUUUUCGGUUUCAAGCCAUGUGGUUCACCCACCCUGAGUUUUCUGAGUUUAUUACUAAACUUUGGCAGUCUAAUAAUGGUAAUGCGAUUAUUAAAUCUGCUGGGCUUGUGUCCCCUCUUGUUUCUUGGAAUAGGCAGGUUUUUGGUUGUCUUUUUCGAAAGAAACGAAGACUUUUGGCUAGACUUGAAGGCAUUCAAAGGAAGGAAGAGUUGUUUUGGUUACAGAAGUCUAGAAAUACUUGGUUAAAGGAAGGGGAUAGAAACACUCACUUUUUCCACUUGUCUACUGUCAUAAGGAGGAGGAGGAAUAAACUUGAAGGUCUGAAUAAUGAGGCUAGAAUUUGGAUCACUAAUAAGGUUGGAAUGGAACUGACUAUUGUCAAUUACUUCCAAGGGUUGUUUGGUGAUACUGGUCUGGUUGAUGAUUAUAGGUUGCUCCCUCAUCUUUUUCCAAGGUUGGCUGAUAUGGAUUUAGAAGGUUUAAGUUGUGAGGUUACUAAUGAUGAAGUUAAAAACAGUCCGUUUGCUAUUUGGGGAUUAAAAACUCCUGGACCUGAUGGUUUUCCUGCCCUCUUUUAUCAGAAAUGUUGGGGGAUGGGUUCUGUUGAUAUUAUUGCUUUGGUGAAUGAUUGUUUUUUAACUGCUUCUCUUCCUGAGAAUAUCAAUGAGACGUUGAUCGCUUUGGUGCCUAAAGUUGAGAGACCUGUUUCCAAGACUCAGCUUCGCCCCAUCAGUCUUUGCAACACUCUCUAUAUAGUGAUAAUUUCUAAGAUUCUUGUUGCUCGGCUUCGGCCCUGUAUGGCUAGUUUGGUCAAUCCUAAUCAAGUGAGCUUUGUUCCAGGAAGACAAAUUGUUGAUAACAUUGUUGUGGGUCAAGAAAUGUUGCAUAAGUUUAAAAGUUCUAAAGGGAGGAAGGGUUUCAUAGCUUGGAAAAUUGAUUUAUCCAAAGCUCAUGAUCGGUUAAAUUGGGAUUUUAUUAGAGAAGUGCUUUGGGAGGUUGGGAUUCGUGGGAGAAUUCUUGAGCUUUUAAUGCAGUGUAUUAAUUCGGUGCGAUAUAGGCUUUUGCAUAUUAUCCAGCAGUCUGUCCAAGAUAAGGCUUGGAAGCCGGUGCAGAUAUGCCAAAGCGGUCCUGUUAUCUCUCAUCUCUUCUUUGCUGAUGAUUUGAUUCUCUUUGGGGAAGCUUCUGUCAAUAAGGCUACUGUCAUGAAGAAAUGUUUAGACGAUUUUUGUCGUCUCUUUGGUCAGAAGGUGAGUUUUGAGAAAUCUAUCAUUUGUGUUUCUCCAAAUACUUCUUCUGAGUCGGCUCAGGAUAUUGCAACUAUUUGUGGUUCCCCUCUCACUACUUGUCUUGGCAAGUAUCUUGGUGUUCCUCUUAUUCACACAUGA